UGCCUCGCGCCGGGGGCCGUUGGGAGGGAGCGCGCCCCCGCCCCCCUCCCCGGCCCCCACUCCUGUCCCAUCGCCACCGGGGCCCCGCCUUCCCGUCGGCCCCCGCGGGAGGGCCCUGGCUCUCCCCAGCUCGUCCUCCCGGUCGGGGCGGCAGUGACAAGACCAAUGGCAGGGUCACCUGCUAAGAGCAGGAGAGGAAAGGAGAGAGCUUUGAGGAGGAAGAAAUAUGCAAGUAUCCCACGGGGGAGUGAAUGGACCAGAGAAAUACAGUGUGUGAUGGUCGGCUCCCACGCGGACAUGGCGCCCGCCUCUAGCGCCGAGGGGUCAGCGGAGAAGCCAGGCCCCGCGGCCCCCGCCCCUGCAGCCCAGUACGAGUGUGGGGAGUGUGGCAAGUCGUUCCGGUGGUCCUCCCGGCUCCUGCACCACCAACGCACGCACACGGGUGAGCGGCCCUACAAGUGCCCCGACUGCCCCAAGGCCUUCAAGGGCUCCUCCGCCCUGCUCUACCACCAGCGGGGCCACACGGGCGAGCGGCCCUACCAGUGUCCCGACUGCCCCAAGGCCUUCAAGCGCUCCUCGUUGCUGCAGAUCCACCGGAGCGUGCACACGGGCCUGCGGGCCUUCACCUGCGGCCAGUGCGGCCUGGCCUUCAAGUGGUCGUCGCACUACCAGUACCACUUGCGGCAGCACACGGGCGAGCGGCCCUACCCGUGCCCGGACUGCCCCAAGGCCUUUAAGAACUCGUCCAGCCUGCGGCGCCACCGGCACGUGCACACGGGCGAGCGGCCCUACACCUGCGGCGUCUGCGGCAAGAGCUUCACGCAGAGCACCAACCUGCGGCAGCACCAGCGCGUGCACACCGGCGAGCGGCCCUUCCGCUGCGCACUCUGUCCCAAGACCUUCACGCACUCCUCCAACCUGCUGCUGCACCAGCGCACCCACGGCGCCGCCUCCGCACCGCCGCCGCGCGAGCCCGCGGCGAAGGUCUUGGUCUCAGACGCAUACCUACAGCGCCACCUCCAGGCCCCCAGCCCGCCCGCGCCCCCGCCGCCCGCGCCCCCGCCGGUGGUGCCGGAGCUCUUCCUGGCGGCGGCCGAGACCACCGUGGAGCUGGUGUACCGCUGCGACGGCUGCGAGCUGGGCUUCGGCAGCGAGGAGCUGCUAGUGGAGCACCAGCCCUGCCCCGGGCCCGAAGCGGCGCCCGCCUCCCAGGACGCACCCGCCCAGGCGCCCCAGGCUGAGCCUGCCCCGCCGCCCGCGCUGUCCCCACCAUGCCCCCUGCCGCAGCCCCGUCCCGCCGCCGCCGCCGCGGGCCCCGGCUUCGCCUGCCUCCCCUGCGGAAAGUCCUUCCGGACAGUGGCCGGUCUCUCCCGCCACCAGCACAGCCAUGGGGCGGCAGGCGGGCAGGCAUACCGCUGCGGCAGCUGUGACGGCGCCUUCCCGCAGCUGGCCAGCCUCCUGGCGCACCAGCAGUGCCACGUGGAAGAGGCAGCGGCCGGGCGCCCGCCCCCCCAGGCCGAGGCCGCCGAGGUCACCUGCCCCCAGGAGCCGCUGGCCCCCGCCGCCCCCGCCGCGCCAACGCCCACACCAGCGCCCGCCUCUGCAGAGCGGCCCUACAAAUGCGCCGAGUGCGGCAAGGCCUUCAAGGGCUCCUCGGGGCUGCGCUAUCACCUGCGGGACCACACUGGCGAGCGGCCCUACCAGUGCGGCGAGUGCGGCAAGGCCUUCAAACGCUCGUCCCUGCUGGCCAUCCACCAGCGCGUGCACACGGGCCUGCGGGCCUUCACCUGCGGCCAGUGUGGCCUGACCUUCAAGUGGUCGUCACACUACCAGUACCACCUGCGGCUGCACUCGGGCGAGCGGCCCUACGCCUGCGGGGAGUGCGGCAAGGCCUUCCGUAACACGUCGUGCCUGCGGCGCCACCGGCACGUGCACACGGGCGAGCGGCCCCACGCCUGCGGCGUCUGUGGCAAGAGCUUUGCGCAGACCUCCAACCUGCGGCAGCACCAGCGCGUGCACACCGGCGAGCGGCCCUUCCGCUGCCCGCUCUGUCCCAAGACCUUCACGCACUCCUCCAACCUGCUGCUGCACCAGCGCACCCACUCGGCGGAGCGCCCCUUUGCCUGCCCUAUCUGCGGCCGCAGCUUCGUCAUGGCCGCUUACCUGCAGCGGCACCUGAGGACGCACGCCUCGGCCAGCUCGGCUGCCAGCUCCGGGGCUCCUGCCGCCGGCCCCCAGCCCCCGGCCCCGCUGGCUGCUGCCCCGGCUCCUCCUGCCACCCAAGAUGUCCACGUCCUCCCCCACCUCCAGGCCACACUCUCCCUGGAGGUGGCAGGGGGUCCGGCCCAGGUUCCACCCCCAGGCCUCGGGGUCCCCAACUCCCAGACGUUUCUCCUGGUGCAGACUGCCCAGGGCCUCCAGCUCAUCCCCAGCAGCGUCCAGCCCCCUACGCCCCCACCUCCGCCCGCUCCCGCCAAGCUCAUCCUGCUGCCCUCUUCUGGUACUGGUGGCGGGGGCAGCCGUGCAAGGCAGGGCCCACGGGCUGUGGGGAAAGCAGCGCAGGGGUCUGGCGUAGUCUGGUUGCCAGGCCCUGCAGGGCUGGGAGUGCAGGGGGGCGCCAACUCCGGGGCCAGUGCGGGAGGGCAGAGCCUCAUAGUUCUGCAGAAUGUGGGGGGUGGGGAGGCAGGGUCACAGGAGGUGAGUGGGGUCCAGCUCCAGCCUCUCCGGCCAGUACCGGAAAUGACCGCCGUCCAGCUCCAGCCGGCCCAGGAGGUGACCACGGUGCAGCUCCAGCCAGUGGCAAGCCAGCUGUCCAAUGCCGGUGGGGGAGCUGUGACCGCUGAGGCUCCUAACCUAUUGGUGGUUCAGAGUGGGGCAGCUGAGGAGUUGCUGGCCGGCCCGGGUCCCGAGGAGCCCGGUGACGGUGAGGCCAGCACCGGUGUGGUCCAGGAUGUGCUCUUUGAGACACUGCAGACAGAUGAGGGGUUGCAGAGCGUACUGGUGCUGAGUGGGGCCGAUGGGGAGCAGACCCAGUUGUGUGUGCAGGAGGUAGAGACUCUCCCCACGGGGCUGGCCGAGCCACCGGCCCCAGGCCCACAGGGACAGAAACUACUUAUCAUCCGCAGUGCCCCGGCCGCAGAGUUGUUGGAGAACAGUAGCGUUGGGGGAGGUGGCACCACGCUGCAGCUGCUGGCCCCCCCGCCACCAGCUUCUGUCUCUGCAGGCAUCCCCUCAGCUCCCACCUCCCAGAUGGUGCAAGUGGUCCCCGCAGGAGCUGCGCCUGGGAGCAUGACCCCGCAGGGCCUGCCCUCCAUCCAGAUUGUCCAGACUCUGCCGGCCGUCCAGCUCGUGCACACGUUUUGAGUAGCAGCGCUGUUACCUCUUCCUGUCCCACCCACACCCCAAUUCACUGCUGUGGCGGUGCUGGGGGAGGUGAGCUGCAGGCCGGGCUUGCUAAUAAAGACCAGAAGCUCUU